AUGGAUCCUUUUCACAAAAAGGUCCUUGCAAACAAGACUUCUGAAAUAAUGAAGAGGAUUUCAAAUCCAUUGGUUUUAUCUGCACAUCUUAAAACAAUAUUUAGUUUUGGAGACUUCGAGGAAAUCGAGGCAAAAACUUCGCAGCGUGGGGCUACCACUGGAACACAAACCCUGCUCAGUUUACUGGCAAAGAGAGGACCUAAGGCUUUUACCCUGUUUAUACAUGCCUUACGAGAUCCUGACAUUAGCUGUGCUGAUUUGGCAGAUGAUUUGGAGCAAGAAGAAAGAAAGCUACGAGGGGAAGCAGGUAAGUUCUUCAUCGUUUGGAAAAUUACUGCAGUAAUUGCCAAUGAGCAGCCUCGCGAAGAUGCGAGGCUGCGAGGCGGCAGCCUAAUAGAGCUGUGCAGGAUUGUUCCAGGGGCAGAAAAAAUCUCGAAUCGAUGUAACAUAGAGUAAUGUAAGGCAACCAUGACAUGAUGCAGAACAGAGAAUGCAUUGUUUUUGAGAGAACACGCGAUACAGAUCAGAGAAUCCAUGAGCCAUGUGUGUGUUUGUGAGUCCUCUGCUCAUCCCGUCUUCAACCAAUCAUCGGGUGGAUCAUUUCCAUCCUACGCGAUAUCUGUCGCAUUUGCCUGCUGGAAUUUUUUUUUGCAUGCCACUAAGAAAAAUAAUAACGUCGUAAAAUUUUUGGUGUCUUUGAAGCAAAAUAAUUCGGAAGGCUUCAUUAUAUUGGUGCACCAUAAAUUUUUUUGCUUUAAGGUGAUUCCCUAGUAAAAGAACCUAACAUAGAUUGUAGAUGAGACUUGGUACACUGAUGUAACAAGUCAAGAAGAUGAUAAAAAGGUAAUAAAAAGUGGGGGUUGCCGUGCUCGUUUUGACGUCACAAUGCUGACAAAUACGGCUAUUUUGGACCCUUUGACAAAAACCCCCCGCUGCCCAAAACUAGACAAAAAGGAAAGUUUUUUUCAAUGAUGCAUGUGGUAUCACACAGAAUUUGACUGUACUGUAUUGUUUAUCCACUUACGUACCAGAAAAAUGCCUUUUAAUGCCCUUGUUUUUACUUUACGCUCCAAAGUAGAAUUAAAUUGGACACAUGCUAUUUGACACGUGAUAGCUCAAUCCGUACAAUUUAGUAAAAUUGCCGAAAAACUGAACAUAGAUUUGUGCCAAUUUUUUUUCUCACUGAAAGGAAGCACUGCCCUUAUUAAAAUCAUGAAAUAAAAAAUGGGGGUCACUGUACUCAUUUUUGCGGUAGAGCUGCCGAAAGUGUGCGUUUAAAUGAAAAUCAAAGUGAAUAAGCACGAAUUAAACAUCCACUAUCGAGGUUCUCCGUGAGGAAGUCAAACUCAGCAACACGCGUACUGCUUACGUUAUGCACAUUCUCACCACAUUGAGUCUCACCUCGGCAAGAAACAACCGCAAGCAAAAAUUGAAAUAGUGUUUCUCUUCGGUCAACUUCAUUUUAAUAAUAUUACUUCACAUGCUCUUUUUUACGGAGGCCAUCUUGUUAUGCGCAGUAAGAGAUGCGCAGUGCAAAACCAGGGAAUCACCUUAAAAAGAGACCAAAUAUAAGUCUGUACGUUGAAUAUUUGCAGACUUUAAUAUGAUUUGUUGAGGAUUUUAAGUUCACUAAAUUUUGCGCAAAAUUACUUGUACGCAACUUCAGACAAAAGUACGUACUUCAAAAUCUCAAAAAAUUUGCUAUGUAAAGUCAGGAUUUCAAAUUCUUUAUGCAGUAGAACAGUUUAGUUCACUAUUUCAAAAGAUAAAUUAAUGCAAAGGGCACACAUACAUCAAACCCAUGAUCUGCCUUCCCCGCGCAUGUCAAGGGAAAACUGCCGUGCAGUACCCAACCAACAACUCCCACAUUUGUUGUGUGGAGCUGGCACUUGAAGGACUCACCUGGGCAGGAAAGGGUCUUUUACACACAGGUUUACCCCAUUCACUGACCGACGGCUAUGCCAUGCUGAUGACCCCCAGUAAGGGUGUAACAGCUGUUCAUGGCUGCCACUGCCCACGUGAUAUGGCUGUGCGCAUGCGUGAGGUAAUGGCGAGGCUGUGGGUUGGUGUAUGUAUGCCCCUUGCUUUAAUUUACUGGCAACUCUUUAUCCAUCUAACCCGUGCAUGUCGUGGUAGAACUGCUGUGUGGUUCCCACGUGUCUUGUGUGGAGCUGGCGCUUGAUAGACUGCUUUAAUGCACUCACCUCAGCAGUAAGGGGUUUUUGAGACACGGGUUUUCCCCAUUCAUUAACCCAACGCCUUUGCCAUGCUGGUAAGGCCCAAUAAGGGCGAAAGAGCUGUCUGUGGCUGCCACUGCCCUUGUGAUAUGGCUGUGCGCAUUCGUGAGGUACUGGCCUGGCCGCGGGCUGGUGUAUGUGUGCCCCUUGCUUUAAGUUUUUAUUAUUUUCAAGAUAAUUUUCACUAAUGCAAUUGAGUUAAGUUCAAUCUAUUUUUCAUCAAUUUCAUCAAUUUUUCAUCAAUCAAUCAUCAACUAUACAAAUUCAACAGCGCACGUAUUGGUAGAAUCUUUUAGCUAUAACUAUAUAGUUGAAAUAAGAUUAUGAGCCACUGCAUGGUAGUGCUGCUAAAUGCUCAUCUUGAGGUUAAUAGAUUGAAUAGGAAUUAGAAUAGGCCCUACAUGUAUUUCAAUUUGGAAUGGCUCUGCCAUUCCUUUCCUCUGAUUCACAUCGGCUGGUAUGUCAGCUUGUAUCUUCAAUCAGUAACUGAUUGAAACAACUGUUGUUUUCAUUAUAAAAAAUGUAGUACAAAAGAGGGUUGUUUCUCCGACAAUUUUUUGGGUGUUUUUAGUUCGUGCUUUGUAAAGUUGAUACAGCCGCACGUGCGAAAGUAACCUGAGAUCAGGCCCAGUUAUAGCAAGUUUCAUUCUCUCCUUUUACGUGCCGCAUGUCAGAACAUUAAAUUACUUACCAAGCAAAAUGAAAAUAGAGCCUGAUCUCAGGUUACAAGAAAACUUAGUUGAGGUCAAUGAUAAUAAAGAAGGGGGCGAGGAGAAGAAGGCAGAAAACCUUGGUUUCGCCCAGCUGUAUAUCUCACUUUACAAACUACAAACAAAAAACACUGCAAAAAACAACCUGCACUUUUAGUAUAAUAAUGAAAAUGAGUAACGAAAAAUAUCAUCUAGCUACAAUAUCCUGGACAAAAGUCCUUGGGACAGUACUGUGAUAUUCAUUAUUUUUUCUGUCAUUUCUCCAAUCAGUUCCUUCUUCAAACAGUGCAUCCUUUUCGAAAUUUUCUUGCAGUUCUCCCUCCCCCCAGUACAUUCAGAUUCCAAGCGUGCCAUAUGCAUGCCCUCAUGCAUUUUUCGGUUAUUGAUGUCAUUACAUCAGUGUAAAUAUAUAAUUAAUUUUUUUUGAAAGGUUGUAAGUCCCAUGAUGGGGCCACCAAGUUCAUGCAAAAUUCCUCCUUGUUCUCAAGGUUCUCCUGCUCUUUCCCUCCCCCCUUAAUUCCUCCCCUCCCAAAAUCUGUGAGAUUUGCCAGAGUGGUGACAGCAUCGCACAUGUCCUUUCUGAUAAUUUUUGGAAUUUGCGGAUUAUGUACAGGCAAAAAUUAGAAAGAAUAAGGUAUUGCUAUGUGUUGUAUUUAUUAAAACAUCUAUUUGGUCUAAUAAGAGCUGAGUAUAUAUACCAUUUUUAUUGUACAUUUAUGCAGAGUUUUAACAACAUAUUAAAUGAAAAAAGAAAUUGUGAAAAAUUUGUUGAGACAAGCAAGUUUAAUUUUUUAAAAAGUAUUACCCAAAAAUGCAUGUACAUGUAAGUAUUAUUAGAUGAUUGUUCUACAAAUGAUGACUUUCUUGAAAAUAUUUUAUUCUUUGAGGUCAAAAUUUUUUGACAAAAAAUUAGUAUAUAUUUCACCAUUGGUUGUGCUUUGCAAACUAUUAGUACAUCAUACGUCGUACAUGUACACUGUUACAUACUUCUCUAGGGCUCCUCUGUUAACUGCUCGUGUAAAAUUUUAAUACAAGUUUGAUUUAAAUGGAUUAAACAGGGGCUAUAACAAGAGAAGCGACCAGUGCUCCAGCAUCACCUAACCAAUGGGACAUUGAUUCUGCAGGAACUUUUAACUGUGAACGAAAGAAAGUCACCCUGGGUAAGCCUAUUAAUUAUAUUUAGAAAUCUAUAAUGCUCUUUCUUUACCCUGAAUGUACUACAAAUUAAUGUUACUGGGAAAUGGAAGUUUUGUCUUCCAAUCAGAUGCUUAGGUGCGUCGUGAUCUGGUUUGCAAUGUGGAGGUCAGGUCCAAAACCCUUGACCAAAAAGCAUGUCUAGUGCAGGUGCCUUCCAAUAUGGGACAUUUUUGAUCACGACGUCACUUACUCUAUAAGGUUAUGGGCAUAACAGAUAUUGUAGUGCAAUGUUGCUUUCCUCUUUUUGUCAAAUCAUUUAGGACCAAUCUGCUUGCGACUCUUCAUGUCAACAUUCUUCCAAAUUACUUUCAGUUUAACGGAGCUUCCUAGGUUCAAGUUUGGUCAGUCGCUCAGCAUACAUAUAAGGUGUCAUCCUUAAUUGGUGUACUGCCCCUUGUUGGUAAUGGUUGAACUAGCCAAAGUGAUAGCACCAUUUCCUGGCUUCUACAUAAAGCCCAGUUUGCAUCCAUAAUGCCACCUUGACACAGCACCAAGCUUGUGUGCUGCUCUUGUUGUGGUCAGUGUUUCUAGCCAUUUAUGGCCAUGGGUGGGGCUGUCAGACUCCGUAUGGUAUCGGCAUUAUCAUAUCUCUCCCUUUGGGCCUUUCCCCAGUCUGUUUUCUUGUUUAUCUCUUACAGCAGCAUGUGUAAUUGGAGUAUCAAAGUGCCUUUUUGUCAUCUGGGCUGAGCAGCUUUAUGUGAUAAUUUAAGUAUGGAACAUAAGGCUGAUGAAGAGCCUCUACAUUGUAGUUUAGUGUGUGGAGCUUUAUCAUAGUUCUUCUUCUACAUUGUAAUUGUUGUUGUUGCAGGGUUUAUGGUGUAAAAACCACUAUUUUUAUAACAACUAUUGUAUCAUUAAACAUGCAACCAUCAUCUUUAAUAGCAAAUCAUUGCUCUGUCAUUCAUUCAAAUCGUUAUUUAUUUAUUUUUUAUUUUAUCUCAUCUCAAGAAAUUGGCAAUCAAGUGACCACGGCAUUGCUGUUUUUUGCGUAAAUAAUUGCAUACCCAUGUUCGUUGUUUAUUAAAGCUGUGCCCAGUUUGAAGCCUAUGGUGUGCAUCACUGAUUGAAGAAAAGAAACAGUUGCACAUUAUAUAUAGUUGAACGUCGAUAUAAUGAACCUCUAUAUAAUAAGUCCUCGGGACAAUAUUCUUUGUGUCAGCAAUAGUAAAAUGGAAAAGAACCUCGACAACCUGUUUUUGUCAAGUUGAGAACACUACUUGUUUUUUUUUUAACUUUUAUGUAUUUUUUGGGUAUUAAAACUGAAAAAGCACUUUAUCAGGCUAGUUUUAGUAAUUGGUUUGUUUGAUUAAAUUUAGGUUCUCUUGUUAAGGACAUGCCUUUGGCAGUACGCACAAAGGUUGAACGGAUGAUGAACGUCAACAACCAUAAUGACAAUAACUGGAGGGGUUUGGCUGUGGCCAUGGGAUUGACAGCUGAUGACGUUCGACAAAUGGAGGAAGGAGAAAAAGGGAAAAUGACAGGACUCUUUGAUAACAUGAUACAUACGGAAAGAAGAAUCAAAGAUCUUCUUGAUUUUCUUAAACACCCUGCUGUACAAAGACUGGAUGUUUUAGAUGAAAUUGUAGAAGGUUGUGGUCUUCCAACAGAAGAAAGUGUCAGCUCUAAAGUCACCCUAGGUAAGCCCAUUAAUUAUAUUUAGAAAUCAUUCUUUGCUCUUUCUAUAUCCUGAAUGCACUAUAAAUUAUUUAAGUCACUGGGAAAUGGAAGUUUUAUCUUCCAAUAGGAUGUCUUAGAUGUGACUGUAGCUGGUUUGCAAUGCAGAGGUCAGGUCCAAACCUCUUUUACAAAAUCGAGUCUAGUCUACAAUCUUGGACAAAACUGUUGAGAAAAUUGUAUACUUGGACAGCAUUUUUUCUAAACAUCGUAGCUGUACCGGUUCUUCCCUCUCCCCCUUCCCCUGAAAGCAAUGUUGUUGUGUAUUCAAAAGAAAACCUGAUCCCUGGGCGUUUGUGGGAAGCAACAUUGAAUUGGGGGUUUUCUUUCCGCAAAGGCGUCGUUUUGGAAAUAGUUUUGUUGCUUAGGAAAGUAGACAUGAUGGGGAAAACUUUCUCAAGUAGUUUUGUCCGGGAUUGUAUUUGACUGGGAAAGGCGAUUUGCAGCCUUUAACGCGGCCAAAUAAGCCUGUUCUUUAUAAAUGUAGUACAUUUCAAAGAAAAGUAGAUAAUUAAUGCAAAAUGAGUGAAAACAGAGGCGUUUAUGACAAGAAAAGCAAUUGGUAUGUCUUACUUGAUUGGAGUGGUCAGUCAAGAACGUUUGUGAAAUUCAUUGUCCAUUCAUGGUUUUUACGCGCUCUUUGAGUGAAGAGCAGCAGGCAUACAUUGCGCUUUUCGAAGACGAAAAGGACGUUUCCGUCAAGCAGAUUAGCCAGAAAACGGGAAUUUCACCCACUACGACUCGAUCAACAAAUAAGACAUGAAACUUUUGCUGAAUUUUCAGAGCGCGUGACCCGACAACUUUGAACAAUUUUCCCAUCGCCGAAAUAGUCAAUGGGCAAGCACUUGCAAUGAAUAAAAGCAUCAAAUGGAGAGAGGAUUAAAUAUUUACAAAAGCUGCAUUUUUACUUUUCACAUUUGAAUGCUUACUUUUGAAAUUGUAGCGAUAUCCAGUCCAAAGAAACACACUAUGGAAUCUAGAAAUGUCACGCGCGAUAACGUGACAAGAUGUACUAUCGCGUGACCUGUAAAAGGGCAUGUUUUGUCCUCGGGUUACGUAUGACUGAAAAAAUUAUGACCUAAAUUGAUAAUUUGUAAACCAAGGCAUGAUAAAAGUUGCCAUAGUUGACUUCUAAUCUUUUUCUCUCCACAAUAUCUGCAAGUCGGAACGAUUAACAGGACAUUUUUGAGCGGCUGCGAAGACUAGCAACGGUUAACAACGAUUAACAGGGAAGUUUAAUAAGAGGCAGAAGGUCAUUCUCUAUUAAAAACGAAAUGGUGUUCAUCGUUUCAAUGCUUUGUUAAUCGUAAUAUUAUUCGAUCCAUGGAAUUGUCAUAAAAAGGAAACCGACUUUUAACAAACAAAGUUUCUGUAACACCCAUAGUUUAACCAAUUAUAAGCUCUGAGAAGCAAUUUCCACGUGACGGGAAACGGUUCCAUAUGUCCCUAAAUAAACACUACGAACUCCUUUUCUUGGAAGAGAACUGUCAUACAAGUCUUGUUCAGACUCUGCUGAAAAAGAUAAAUUGCUUUUCACAUUUUCCGAGCCUUCCAUUCCGGAACUACCUGAAAAUAUGUAACGAUUAGCACGCGUUGUACGGCUAUUACGAAAUCUGACUGUUUUAAAGAGGGUGCUGCAAAAAACGUAUAUGAGGUCGUGCUUUUCUAUGAGAAGAUGGUCUGGCGUGAAACUUUGUGCUCAAAACAGCUUCUGUAAAGUGCUUUUUAUUAGCAUGUUUUUGUUUUGUCCUUGCAAAUAUUCUUGCGAGAAAACGCGAAUAACCUUGUACACAAUCUUGGACAAAACUGUUGAGAAAAUUGUAUACUUGGACAGCUUUUUUCUAAACAUCGUAGCUGUACCGGUUCUUCCCACUCCCCCUUCCCCUGAAAGCAAUGUUGUUGUGUAUUCAAAAGAAAACCUGAUCCCUGGGCGUUUGUGGGAAGCAACAUUGAAUUGGGGGAAGGGGUUUUCUUUUCGCAAAGGUGUCGUUUUGGAAAUAGUUUUGUUGCUUAGGAAAGUGGACAUGAUGGGAAAAACUUUCUCAAGUAGUUUUGUCCGGGAUUGUAGGUGCCUUCCGGUUUGGGACUUUCAUCUUCCAAUCAGAUGUGUAGACGUGAACGGAGCUGGUUUGCAAUGCGGAGAUCAGAUCAAAAACCUUGAUCAAAACCCAUGUCUACUCCAGGUGCAUGCGAACAUAUUAUUUUACCAGCCCGCUGGUGCUCCAUUAUAUCAAGGUUGCACUGUAACGUUUUUGUCAAGUUGAGAACGCUAGUCGUGGUAUUUAGUUUUUAUGUAUUUUUUGGAUAGUAAGACUGAAAAAGCACUUUAUCAGGCUAGUUUUAGUAACUGGUUUGUUUAAUUAAAUUUAGGUUCUCUUGUUAAGGACAUGCCUUUUGCACUGCGCACAAAGAUUGAACGGAUGAUGAACGUCAAUAACCAUAAUGACCAUAACUGGAGGGGUCUGGCUGGAGCCAUGAAUUUGUCAGUUGAUGAGGUUCGACAAAUGGAGGAAGGAGAAAAUGGGAAAAUGACAGGACUCUUUAACAACAUGAUAAUAACCAAAAAAACCAUUAAAGAUUUUCUUGACUUGCUGAAACAUCCUGCUGUUCAGAGACUGGAUGUCAUAGAUGAAAUUGUACAAAAUUGUGGUCUUCCAGCAGAAUUGUCAGAAAGUGUCAGCUCUAAAGUCACCCUAGGUAAGCCCAUUAAUUAUAUUUAGAAAUCAUUAUUUGCUCCUUCUAUAUCCUGAAUGCACUAUAAACUUAAGUCACUGGGAAAUGGAAGUUUUGUCUUCCAAUAAGAUGUCUUAGAUGUGACUGUAGCUGGUUUGCAAUGCAGAGGUCAGGUCCAAACCUCUUUUACAAAAUCGAGUCUAGUCUAGGUGCCUUCCAGUUUGGGACUUUCAUCUUCCAAUCAGAUGUUUAGGUGUGAAUGGAGCUGGUUUGCAAUGCUGAGAUCAGGUCCAAAACCUUGAUCAAAACGCAUGUCUAGUCCAGGUGCCUUCCAAUUUGGGACUUUUUUUAUGAUGAUAUCACCGAUUCUAUAAGGUUAUGGCCUUAUGGGCAUAACAGAUUGUACUGCAAUGUUGAUUUCCUCUUUUUGUCAACUUAUUUAGGACCAAUCUGCUUGCGACUCUUCAUAUCAAACAUUCUUCCAAAUUACUUCUGUUUAAGGGAGCUUCCUAGGUUCAAGUUUGGUCAGUCGCUCAGCAUACAUGUAAGGUGUCAUCCUUAAUUGGUGUACUGCCCCUUGUUGGUAAUGGUUGAACUAGCCAAAGCGAUCGCACCAUCUCCUGGCUUCUACAUAAAGCCUAGAUUGCAUCCAUAAUGCCACUUUGACACAGCACCAAGCUUGUGUGCUGCGCUUGUUGUGGUCAGUGUUUCUAGUCAUUUUUGGCCAUGGGUGGGGCUGUCAGACUCCAUGGUAUCGGUAUUAUCACACCUCUCCCUUUGGGUCUUUUCCCAGUGUUUACUUGUUUAUCUCUUACAGUAGCAUGUGUAAUUGGAGUAUCAAAGUGCCUUUUUGUCAUCUGGGCUGAGCAGCCUUAUGCGAUAAUUUAAGUAUGGAACACAAGGCUGAAGCGCCUCUAGUUUAGUGUGUGGACCUUAUAAAUUGAGCUUUAUCAUAUUUCUUCUUCCACAUUGUACUUGUUGUUGUUGUUGUUGCAGGGUUUAUGAUGUAAAAACUACUAUUUUUAUAACAACUGUUGUAUUAUUAACCAACGAUCAUCUUUAAUAGCAAAUCAUUGCUCUGUCAUUCUUAAUCUCAUCUCAAGAAAUUUGCAAUCAAGUGACCACGGCAUUGCUGUUUUUUGCGUAAAUAAUUGCAUACCCAUGUUCUUUGUUUAUUAAAGUUUUGCCCAGAUUAAAGCCUAUGGUGUGCAUCACUGAUUGAAGAAAAGAAACGGUUGCACAUUAUAGUGGAACCUCGAUAUAACAAACCUCGAGCCUGUAUAAUAAGUCCUCGGAACAAUAUUCUUUAUCUCAGCAACAGUACAAUGGAAAAGAACCUCAAUAACCUUGUUAUAGCGAACAUAUUUUUUUACCAGCCCGCUGGUGCUCCAUUAUAUCAAGGUUCCACUGUAACGUUUUUGUCAAGUUGAGAACGCUAGUCGUGGUACUUAUUUUUUAUGUAUUUUUUGGAUAUUAAAACUGAAAAAGCACUUUGUCAGGCUAGUUUUAGUAACUGGUUUGUUUAAUUAAAUUUAGGUUCUCUUGUUAAGGAUAUGCCUUUUGCACUGCGCACAAAGAUUGAACGGAUGAUGAACGUCAAUAACCAUAAUGACUAUAACUGGAGGGGUCUGGCUGCAGCCAUGAAUUUGUCAGUUGAUGAGGUUCGACAAAUGGAGGAAGGAGAAAAUGGGAAAAUGACAGGACUCUUUAACAACAUGAUAAUAACCAAAAAAACCAUUAAAGAUUUUCUUGACUUGCUGAAACAUCCUGCUGUUCAGAGACUGGAUGUCAUAGAUGAAAUUGUACAAAAUUGUGGUCUUCCAGCGGAAUUGUCAGAAAGUGUCAGCUCUAAAGUCACCCUAGGUAAGCCCAUUAAUUAUAUUUAGAAAUCAUUAUUUGCUCCUUCUAUAUCCUGAAUGCACUAUAAACUUAAGUCACUGGGAAAUGGAAGUUUUGUCUUCCAAUAAGAUGUCUUAGAUGUGACUGUAGCUGGUUUGCAAUGCAGAGGUCAGGUCCAAACCUCUUUUACAAAAUCGAGUCUAGUCUAGGUGCCUUCCAGUUUGGGACUUUCAUCUUUCAAUCAGAUGUUUAGGUGUGAAUGGGGCUGGUUUGCAAUGCUGAGAUCAGGUCCAAAACCUUGAUCAAAACGCAUGUCUAGUCCAGGCGCCUUCCAAUUUGGGACUUUUUUUAUGAUGAUAGCACCGAUUCUAUAAGGUUAUGGCCUUAUGGGCAUAACAGAUUGUACUGCAAUGUUGAUUUCCUCUUUUUGUCAACUUAUUUAGGACCAAUCUGCAUGCGACUCUUCAUAUCAAACAUUCUUCCAAAUUACUUCUGUUUAAGGGAGCUUCCUAGGUUCAAGUUUGGUCAGUCGCUCAGCAUACAUGUAAGGUGUCAUCCUUAAUUGGUGUACUGCCCCUUGUUGGUAAUGGUUGAACUAGCCAAAGCGAUCGCACCAUCUCCUGGCUUCUACAUAAAGCCUAGAUUGCAUCCAUAAUGCCACUUUGACACAGCACCAAGCUUGUGUGCUGCGCUUGUUGUGGUCAGUGUUUCUAGUCAUUUUUGGCCAUGGGUGGGGCUGUCAGACUCCAUGGUAUCGGUAUUAUCACACCUCUCCCUUUGGGUCUUUUCCCAGUGUUUACUUGUUUAUCUCUUACAGUAGCAUGUGUAAUUGGAGUAUCAAAGUGCCUUUUUGUCAUCUGGGCUGAGCAGCCUUAUACGAUAAUUUAAGUAUGGAACACAAGGCUGAAGCGCCUCUAGUUUAGUGUGUGGACCUUAUAAAUUGAGCUUUAUCAUAUUUCUUCUUCCACAUUGUACUUGUUGUUGUUGUUGUUGCAGGGUUUAUGAUGUAAAAACUACUAUUUUUAUAACAACUGUUGUAUUAUUAACCAACGAUCAUCUUUAAUAGCAAAUCAUUGCUCUGUCAUUCUUAAUCUCAUCUCAAGAAAUUUGCAAUCAAGUGACCACGGCAUUGCUGUUUUUUGCGUAAAUAAUUGCAUACCCAUGUUCUUUGUUUAUUAAAGUUUUGCCCAGAUUAAAGCCUAUGGUGUGCAUCACUGAUUGAAGAAAAGAAACGGUUGCACAUUAUAGUGGAACCUCGAUAUAACAAACCUCGAGCCUGUAUAAUAAGUCCUCGGAACAAUAUUCUUUAUCUCAGCAACAGUACAAUGGAAAAGAACCUCAAUAACCUUGUUAUAGCGAACAUAUUUUUUUACCAGCCCGCUGGUGCUCCAUUAUAUCAAGGUUCCACUGUAACGUUUUUGUCAAGUUGAGAACGCUAGUCGUGGUACUUAUUUUUUAUGUAUUUUUUGGAUAUUAAAACUGAAAAAGCACUUUGUCAGGCUAGUUUUAGUAACUGGUUUGUUUAAUUAAAUUUAGGUUCUCUUGUUAAGGACAUGCCUUUUGCACUGCGCACAAAGAUUGAACGGAUGAUGAACGUCAAUAACCAUAAUGACCAUAACUGGAGGGGUCUGGCUGCAGCCAUGAAUUUGUCAGUUGAUGAGGUUCGACAAAUGGAGGAAGGAGAAAAUGGGAAAAUGACGGGACUCUUUGAUGACAUGAUAAUAACCAAAAAAACCAUUAAAGAUUUUCUUGACUUUCUGAAAAAUCCUGCUGUUCAGAGACUGGAUGUCAUAGAUGAAAUUGUA